AACACAGACGUCACGACAAAGAUCGUCCCAGUGCGAACUGUGACUUUACUUUGAAAGUCCAACCGGAAACGCGUGUGUCGUGGCCGCAGAGUGACCGAGAGGCUGCUUCUUCUGCUCCUUCUUCUUCUUAUUCUCCUUCUCCUUCCCCCAGCUGACCACCAUGCGGAACCGCAGCCAACGACCGGAAGCGCUCCACCACACGUGCUGACGCCGCAGGUUCGGCUGAGCUGACGGCGGAUGGGCCGCAGUCGUCAUGCGGGAGAAGGCUGCUCGCUAGCCGGGGAGCUAAGAUGAGCACCGACGGAAGUGGCGCGAUCAGCCGCCGCAUCAAGAACCUGUCAAUCAAGCUGAGGGGGCGGGGCCGAGACGCGCGUCAGCAGCUGGACGCCAAGGUGACCCUGGAAAAGGUCCUGGGCAUCACAGCACCUGGCAACCGAGCGCUGUCAUGUGACCCUCGGACUGGACUAUUGGCGUAUCCCGCGGGGUGUGUGGUGGUCCUGCUGCAUCCUCGCAAGAACAAACAAUGCCACAUUUUCAACACGUGGAGGAAGACCAUCACCACGCUGGCGUUCUCCCCGGACGGCAAGCACGUGGUCACCGGCGAGAGCGGCCACUUGCCAGCGGUGCGCGUGUGGGAGGUGACGAGCGGCGCCCAGGUGACCAAGCUCCAGGAGCACAAAUAUGGCGUGGCCUGCGUGAUCUUCUCUCCCAACGGCAAAUAUAUCAUCAGCGUGGGAUACCAGCAUGACAUGAUGGUCCACGUGUGGAACUGGAAGAAAGACGUGGUGGUGGCCGCCAACAAGGUGUCCAGUAAGGUGACGGCCGUCUCCUUCUCACACGACAGCUCCUACUUUGUGACGGCAGGAAACCGUCACCUCAAGUUCUGGUACCUGGACCACAGUAAGACGUCCAAGGGGAACGCCACCGUGCCUCUGCUGGGGCGUUCAGGGCUGCUGGGAGAACUCAGGAACAACUUCUUCUGUGACGUGGGCUGUGGGCGGGGCCAGCAGGCGUCCUUCACCUUCUGCAUCACUACCUCGGGUCUGCUGGUCCAGUUCGACCAGCGCCGCCUGCUGGACAAGUGGGUGGAGCUCCGGGCGGCACAGGCUACUUGUUUGUGCGUCACGGACCAGCUGAUUUUCUGCGGUUGCUCCGACGGCGCCGUGCGCGCCUUCAGCCCCCUGACGUUGCACUUCAUCUGCACUUUGCCCCGCCCACACUUCCUGGGCGUGGACGUUGCUGCAAUGACCGACAUCAGUCAGCUGUUCUCCUGCAGGGCGGACGCGCGCUAUCCUGACACGGUGGCCGUGACCUACGACCCCAGCAACCACUGGCUGUCGUGCAUCUACAACGACCACAGCGUCUACGUGUGGGACGUGGGAGACCUCCGGCGGGUGGGCAAACUCUACUCGGCGCUCUACCACGCCUCAUGUGUGUGGAGUCUAGAGGUGUUUCCCCAGGAGGGCGGGGUCACGGGAGCAGAAAAGCUGGUCUUGGCCCCGGGCUGCUUCCUGUCCUGCUCGUCAGACAACACCAUCCGUGUGUGGACCGUAGACGGGCGCCACUCCUUGCAGGCCAACGUUUUGAGCCAUGAUCUGCACACGGUCAUCUAUGUGGACCACAAUGCGGCCAGCCUCCUGGACACGGACAGUGUCUCAGUCGCUGAGGGCCCACAGUGCGAGCAGAGUCGCGGGGGAAUCAGGACCCUGCGGAUCAGUCCUGAUGGACGCCACCUGGCCUCAGGAGACCGCAUGGGUGUCCUCAGGGUCCUAGACCUGCACGCCAUGGAGGAGAUUGUCAACGUUCAGGCGCAUGACUCUGAGAUUCUUAGUCUGGACUUCUCCCAGGCGGAGACAGGCGUCCACUUUUUGGCCACGGCCGGUCGAGAUCGCCUCAUCCACGUGUUGGACGCGGCGGCGGACUACCGUCUGGUCCAAACACUGGACGAACACUCCUCGUCCAUCACCGCCGUCAGAUUCGCUGCCAGCGGGGGCAAAGUGCGACUGAUCAGCUGCGGCGCGGACAAGAGCGUCUACUUCCGCAGCGGCCAAGAGACGGACCACGGUCUGGAGUUCACUCGGACGCACCACGUGGCGAGGAAGACCACGCUCUAUGACAUGGACGUGGAGCCCACCAGGAAAUAUGCCGCCAUUGGCUGCCAGGACCGCAGCAUCAGGAUCUUCAACAUCAGCAACAGCAAACAGAAGAAGAUUUUCAAAGGCUCUCAGGGAGAAGAUGGAACGCUCAUCAAGGUCACCAUCGACCCCUCGGGUCUCUACAUCGCCACUUCCUGUUCCGACAAGAGCAUCAACAUCUUCGACUUGUACUCCGGCCAGUCUGUGGCCACCGUCUUUGGACACUCAGAGGUGGUGACUGGCUUGAAGUUCAGCAACGACUGCACACGCCUCAUCAGUGUGUCAGGAGACAGCUGCAUCUUCGUGUGGCGUCUGAGCCCACAGAUGACGCUGAAGAUGCAGCAGCGGCUGGCUGACCUAAGACCCUCCCUCUCGGGUGGCGUGUCCCACAAUGCACCUCAGCGGGCGGCAAAGUUCAGGGAGGCGGAGUGUCCCCCCCAUGCCAUGUCUUCUGACAGCGAGGAGGAGGAGGAGGAGGAGGAGGAGGAGCCAGCUGGUCUCAGCAGGGUGGAGGAGAACGCAGCUGACACGUCACAUGACAGGAAGUCAGGCUGCAUGAUGCCUCCUUCAGAAGGACGACUCCCUCGGCGCCGCUGGUCCAGGAAGUCGGGCGGCGCCGGCGAUGUUCUGACAGUGAAGUCCAUGUUGGACCUGAGACAACUGGAUGCGGAGACCGAGACGCUCUGCAGUAGUGGCAGCCCGAUGGGGACCUGGGUCUCAGGGGCUGGGCUUCACAAGACCAAUCAGCUGAAAGGAAGUAGCAUCAGUUUGCAGGUGGAGCAUGUGGAGGUAAGGACCAAUCACAGACCGGACUUCAUGUCCAAUCAGAGCCCAGAGAAGGAAGAGACAGUGUUGUUUCCCGACCAGUGGGAGGAGAGCAUGAGCAGUGACUUUGAGGUGAAGGGGACGUGUAGUGUAGCUGUAGCUGGACAGCGGGACAAACCGAGCCCAGACAGUGGCUGCUCGCUCAGAUUCAAUUCCAGAACCUCAAGUCCACACCCGGGAGCAGAAGACUCGGAACAGCUCAGUGAGGACGGCGACUCGCUGGACGACGAGGUGGACGCUGGACUCGUCCCUCAGACUCCGGACCAGGAAGCCUUCCUGAAGAAACACUUUGUCACGCUGGCCGACGUCGCAGGUGACUCUGCUCCGAGUCCAAAGGUGCACGUGACACAUGUGUCUAUUGUUUUGGCAGACGGACCGAGCAGAACCGCUCACAGCUCCAAUGAAAGCCUCAGCAUCUCGUCCAAGUUCCUCUCCCAGAACUCUGCUGCAAGUCGGAUCGUACCUUGGUCUCAGACCGGGUCGGAAGCCAGGGAGAAGAAGUCCCGUCCUCUGGUCUCUGAGGUCCAUCAUUUGAGGGACGAGAACAAGGACCAGUGUCAAAAGGAAAGUCGUCUUCUGGAGGAUGAGGUGCAGGACCUCCACAGCAAGAAGGUGGUGGAGUCGAGAAAGGAAGUGGGAGUAGUCUUCCAGGCGGUGGAGCCAGACUGUGUCUCACCUUUGCCCUCUGGUCUGUGUGGAGGCGUGUCUCUUCAACGUCCCACUAGCCUCCCAUCUGGCCCCCGCCGCCACUUCGCCUCUUCUCCCCACCAGGAAAGUGUUGCCAUGACCACGCUCAGGAAGCCCUCCCCAUGGGCGGGGGGGUCGCGCUCCUACAUGAGCCCCACCACCAGCUCCAUGGCCAAGAUGUCCCGCUCCGUCUCGCUGGGCGACGCCCUGGACCGAGCCUCCUUGGACCCUUCGGUGGGGGCGACGGGGGCCGGGUUCUCCUGUCUGAUUACCCCUCAAGCCACGCCCCCACAAGCGGCCCCCGCUCCAGUUCUAGUCAGCUGUCCUUUUUCCUCCCCGAGUUGGCAGGGAAACCAGCCCACCCCGUCCCCUCGCUUCCUCCACGCUCGUUUGCCAGCGGCGCCACUUCCCGACAAACCUUCCAUCAAGACCGCCCCCUCUGGGCCCCCUCCCGUCCCUGGCCCCACCCUGCUGGAGGAGGCUGGCGGCGGCACGAAGCCAAAGGACGACGCAGACCGGCCAAUGAGCGUGGAGGAGUGCCAGGCGCUGACCAGUGAGCUGCUGAGCUGCUUCAAGCGAGCCACACACCUGUACAGGAAGAUGAGCGCCUCCUGUUCCGAAGACUCCACCCCCGAGCAGAGUCACGUGACCCAGCACCUAUCAGAGGCCCUUCAGGCCAUGAGGGCGGAGCUUGAGUCUCUGCAACUGGGGUCUGGCGGGGGGCUUUUGGAAGUGGCGGGCCAAGAACGGACGGCGGCGUUGCUGGAGGAGUACUCGCUUCUGCUGCUUCAAGCGGUCAACCGGAAGCUCCGCCCCCUGGAGGACACCUAGACCCGCACCUUUUACACCUGACUUCCUGUGUGAAGAAGGCGCAAAAAACACUGUCUGCCGUUUGAACAAACUUUGGUGGAAACCAUUUUGAAAUAAAUGUGCUGCUUCC